UUCGAGGAGUCCCUGAAGGCAGCAUUGCCUAGCAACAACGUAGUUUAGUUGCUAGACAUGAGUUGCUUGGCUUUAGCCAACUUUUUGUGACACAAUGCCCAAAAAGAAGGAUAAGAAAAGCGGCGACAAACAAGAUGAAGCCAAGAAAACAUCGAAAAAGGAAAGUUCUGCAGCCCCUGAUAAAACCGGGUCUGACGACAAAGAGAAGGAUUUAUAUCUGACUCAAAUACGAUAUUUGAACGAGCAGUUGGAGAGAUAUCAGCCGAAAUGUGAUCAACUGGAGAGGCAGAAGAAGGACUUAAACUUUCAGUACAGUGCACUGGAGAAGGAGAAAAAGGACAUUGUUGAGUAUCUGAAACGCUCCCUGAUGAAAAAGGAGGACGAGGUGGAUGAGCUGACAGAGCUUCUGGAGAGUCAGCGGCAGGCUGCCGAUAAUGACAGAGACUCUCUGCAGCUGCAGCACAGUCUGCUGAGGCAAGAGCUUCAAGACCGGAUUGAAGAACUCAACGCCGAAAACACGAUACUCGUGACGAGGCUGGCUAAUCUGGAGGAGUUUCAGAAGCAGAAGGAGCAGCUGACGUCCAACAUGGAGUCUCUGGAGAAGCAGCUGGCCAAUAAGAACGAGGAACACAACGCUGCUAUCCACAGCCUGGAGAUGAAAGCACUGCUGGAAAAGAAGAGGUUAGAGAAGGAGAUGGAAAGCCAUGUGGCGGCCAUGGCGGCAGAGGUACAGCACCAGGUGGACCAGAAGGUCCCAGAGACGACCAGGUUGGCCCUUCAGGAGAACUCGGAGGUCAGGGCUCAGAUCAGCCAGCUGUCAGAGCAGACACAUGUCCUGAUGGAGGAGAACUCGGCCCUGCGGGACCGUAAGAGUCGGCUCAGUGUGGAUGUGGAUAUCCUGGAGCAAAUGCUCAGCGAGACGUCCCGCAAGAGCUGCAUCCGCAAGAAGGUGGUGGAGCAGCUUACAGAAAAGUGUCAGCAGCUGCAGGCGGAGCUGAAGGACUGUAAGCGAGAACUCGAGCAGCUUCAGACCAAACACACAGGAGUCCUGGCUGAGAUGGAGGCACUCAGACAGGACCGGACCUCGCUGUCCGAGCAGUGCAGUAAAAACAGGGCCAAGGUGAGCGGACAGGAGGCAGAGCUACAGCAGGAGAGGAAGAGGAGGAUCAGGAUGAAGAGCAUCAUGCAGGAGGCAGCCAUCACUCUCAGACAAGCCCUGAUGGAUGCUCCCACAGACCAGGGCUCGGAGGUGGACUCUGUUGUCCGGUGGAAGCAGCUGAUGGAGAAGCUGCUGGUGGUCUUGGACCGGCCCGCACCCACCAACACCACCGCUGAGAAGGACCAGCUGGAUGAGCAGCAGACCUCUGACCCUGCAGCAGCCAGAGAAGUGACCCUGAAUCCAGCUUUGAGUUUUCAGUUCGAGCUGGCCCGCUACAGGCCGGGUGACCUAGGCCUCGUACCCCGUCCCGCACUGAAACACAAACUCUCCAGGAUGGGAGCAGCUGGGUCCAGCAGCACCCACGUGCCUCUGCACAGGAAGCCCUCCAGUCAGAAAACCGCCAGCUCCAAUAACCGGACUGAUUCAGCUGUCGGAAACUUAUUCUCUAAACCCAAAUAACAGCAACAAAACUAGAUUCCUAUUCUAACCCUUCAUACAGUAUCUCCAAAAUACAGAAGAGCCAGUCUGUUGCCAUUUCUACCUUCAGUCCUUUGCAAAUUACUCAAAUUCAUAUUUCUUAUAAAUGUGUUUCGUGUUGUGCCAGAAGGAACAAAUUAUGAUGAAUGCUUGUCAUAGCAGACAAAAUAAGGAUGUAGCAGUAAAACACCCGAGUGUUUUUAAUGGAGCGACCAAGGGUUUGUUUUAAGUCCUAUUAAUUCAGCUUGUCAUUAAUCAAAGAAUGAAUGUGCCAUUUCUUUAGUCUAAUAUUUUAGUUCUAAUGAUGGACGUUUCCAAAUCCUCAAUGUCUCAAUACAAAAUUAUAGUUUAGGUUCAGCGAUCAUGAUUUCCUGACUAAACUGUUGACCGUUACUGUGAGCUCCUGUAUGUGCAGCCAAAAGUGGUGGAAGAAGUAGGCUACUCCGAUAUUUUACUUAAGUAAAAGCAUUAAAAAGUUUACUUUAGUGAAAGUACAAAAGUAUUGGCAUCAAUACGUCUUCAAAGUACAAAAACUAAAAAGUACUCAUUACACAGAAUGACCAAUUUUAGAAUCGUAAACCUAUUAUUACUGGAUAAUAAUUACUGAUGCAUUAAUGUGUUCAUCACUAAUGUUGCAGCUGGGAAAGGUGGGGGUAAUUCAAAAUGACUUUAUAUACUGCUGGGUAGCUUGUCAUUUCCCACCCGGGGAUUAUCUUAAUCUAUGUAUUAUUCAUCUGAAUCCGUGAAGUAACUAAUAACUAGUAAAGUUGUGCCAAAAAGAGAGGUUGUUACCAUGCUAUCCUUGUCUUUUGAAUUAACAAAAUGUCAAAAUAUUGAUUUUGUUUGACGUCAUUCUGCUUUGAUUUAUGUUUUGAGUCUGUGUUUGUCUUCUUCUGCUUCACAUUUGUAUUUUAGGCAUUUGUUUUACACGUUUAUGUAUGUUGAUGAAAUGUUAAAUUUUGUAUUUCGUUUCUGAUCAUCACUUAAGAUUAAGUUGGCAGGUCAUAGAAUGCUCUGUGUUUUCAUCACAGUCAUCUGAGAUGUGUUUAAUGUAUAAAAAAAUAAAUACAAAAAAUGAACUGCUGUUUUCUAU